GCCUGCCCGCCAGCUUCCAGGUUGUCCACCACCACAACCUGGUAGUCGUGUGGAUCUCUAUCUUUGCCUGAGUCUCAACCACCACCCGAUCAUCACCAAUCCCUCACCCUUCCAGACGCAUCUUGCUAUAGCUUCGAAGGUUCGACAUUGAUCACGUUCAGCAGUUGUGACGAUAGACAACACGCAUUCACCAAACCGGAAUCCAAACGAAGCAACCUGCAUCGAACCACACACCUUCUCUCCUCCCGAACACCAGAACCGCGAUAUCUACAACCCUCACCACACCUCAACCUCCCAAACUCCUCACCACUCUCAACUCCCCUCUCGACAACGAACUCGCAACACGAAACAAACAAACAUGUCCCUAAACCAACCAACGCCCCUCCUCCUAACAAAACGCCUAACCUCCUUCCUCGCCUCAAACCUAAACGCAAACCUCCACACGGCACUCCUCGCGACCCCCUCAGGCCGCCUCCUCGCCCACGCCUCCCCGCAGCCCGUCUCGCUCCUCCGCACCCAGUCCACCGUCGCAUCCUCCCUCUUCGCCCUCCACGCCUCCGCGACGCCCGACAUCCCCGACGCGCUCCCCUCCUCGUCCUCCACGCCGCCGUCGUCGUCCGGCGCUGCUGCAGCAAACACGGAAGAUGGAGGAUACCACGCGGGAGGAGCAGCAGGAGGAAAACCCCUCACGAUAACAGUCCAACUCGCCGCCGGGGUCGUCGUCAUCCGGAGACUAAAGUGCGGGCUACUCUUCGUCUGCAUCGGUCCCCUCGCCGAGACCAUCGAAGCUCAGCAGGCUUCUUCCUCUACCGACCAACACUCUCACCACCACUCCCACUCCCAAGCGAACGCAGGCGCAAACGGCGGCGCGGGCACAGGCACGCCCUCCCAGAUCCCCGCGUCCCCCUCGGAAGCGGACAGCAUCCUCAGCCUCGGCGCCCAGACGACCACCUCCCUCGCCAGCGUCGGGAGCGUGAAUACCGCCGGCGUCGUGGUGUUGCGGCGGCAUGCUGAGGAGCUGGCGCGGUGGCUGGAUGAUAAGCUUGGGAGUUUGCGGGUUCCCGAGGAGGGCGUCGGUGUGGAAUAGAGCUGGAUUCGACGCAUUUGUCUCUUUCUUUCAUGGGUAGGGAACCGCGAGGAAGCUGUACGAGUAGAGAGAUGGUGGACCUGGGACAGAGUGGCAUGGAUUUCGCAUCGAAUUAUCAAAAGGGGACGAAAGGGGGCUUUUGGAAGCAUUAAAGGCGUACGCGGGCGUUUCGGGGGAAGAUACCACCGGCCGAGAAUUAUCC